AUGCCGUCCAUUGAAUCUCAAGCACUCGGCCGACUCUACGAAUCUAAAGCCAGCCGCAUGAAGGCCAACCCAAAUCUGGACCGCGCUACGAUUCUCUCCCUCUACGAAGAAGAGCAGAGCUGCGCAGCUGAGGCUCCGGGCGUCACCUACGAAGAUGUCAACGUCAGAGGACGACCAGGCAUCUGGGCUGCCCCGGUCAGCCUCCUGUCGCAGUCCAACGAGAACCAACAGUCCGUCAUCAUAUAUAUUCACGGCGGGGGAUUCAGUCUGGGAUCUCCAAACAGCCACCGCAAGCUCGCCGCGCACCUCGGCCGGGCUGCCAACGCGAACGUGCUGAUCCUCGAUUAUCGUCUGGCCCCGGAACAUCCCUUCCCCGCGGCUCUGGAUGAUCUCCUUGCUGCUUACGAGUGGCUUCUACAGGAGCGUGGAUUCCCCGCACACAAGAUCGUGACCGCAGGAGAUUCUGCUGGAGGGAACUUGGCCACGGCACUGGUUCUGAGGAUCAAGCAGGAGGAAGCAGGCCGACUCCCUUUACCUGCAGCCAUUGCAGCAUUCUCCCCAUGGUAUAAUCUGCUGAACAACUUUGACUCCAUGGCACGAAACGAUAAAUUCGAUAAGUUGGUUCAUCAGCCGCAGCUGGAUCAAUUGGCCGCGGCGUAUGUUGCCGGCACGGGGGCCUCGCUGCGCGAUCCUUUGGUUAAUCCUAUUUAUGCGGACCUGAAGGGUCUGCCACCGGUAUACAUUGCGGUUGGGACGCAUGAAACCUUGCAGGAUGACAGCGAGCGGUUUGCGGAGCUGGCUAGGAAGGCGGGCGUGGAGGUGGAAUUGGAAUUGGCAGAAGAACAGCAGCAUGUUCAUGUCUUCAUGGCAGGUCGGGCCGCUGAGGCUGAUAUCACAAUCCAGAAUGUUGGGAGAUGGCUGCAGCAAAAACUCUCCUCGAUCUGA